AUGUCUAAGGAAUAUAUUGAAAGGGCGCAAGGUUUGAUCAAUCGCCAUCCUUAUUUAAUGUUGUCCAAAUCAUGGUGUCCUGAUUGUCACUAUACCUACGAAAUUUGGAAUCAGUACAAUGUGAAAGAAAAAGUUCAUAUAAUUGAGUUGGAUAAAUUUGAAGAUCAAAAUGAAGCAGACGAAUUAGAAAAAGCUUUUACGGAAAUUGCUGGUAGAAAAUGGGUUCCAACCAUUUUUUUUAACGGAAAGAUCUUAGGUACUGAAGAAGAUUUGAAGGCAUGGACAAAGGAAGGUAAAUUAACAGAAAUAUUCAAAGACUCUAAUCUUAUUAAUUAA